CAACACUGCAACUAAAUAAGUUUAUUAAUCAUUCGCUGCUAAUCACUGUUACUUUUUCAGAACGUUUUGCGUUGCAGAUUUCGCUGAGGCAAUUCUGUAGCUGUGGUACGAACACGUCAAAGGAACAUAGUUUCUUGAAAAUAAACAAGCUAAUCGGCGUCAGUGCAAUUUAUUUGUAAACGGAAACCAAAAGCAUCAAAAUGCAGCCGCAAUCCAAAUAUUUGCUAUUAUGCCUGUUCGUUGCGCUGUUUGCCUCACAUCGUUGUGAAAUUGUGGGCGCAGGAGAUGGAGAAGUAACAACGACAACAGACGCUGGAAAAACUACUUUGCCGGUACCCGAUGGAACUAAUACAACCACAGUGGCGCCUCUAACUACAACAACUGUUAAUCCAGCACCUACAACUCCAAAUACAACAACGCCCAUACCAAUAACUACAACAACUGUAAAUCCAGCACCUACAACUCCCAAUACAACAACUACACCCAUACCAACAACCACAAAACCUACAACUACAACACCUACAACUACAACUGUUUCUCCUAAUACGACCACCACAUUGAAGCCCACAACUACAACUCAACAUCCGAAUGUGACUACAACAACAGUUGCUCCGACAACAAGUUCAACUCCGUCACCGAUUACAUCCACUACGCCAAAGCCGGCGCCAGUGCCCUGCGGUCACUUCGAUGGCUCCUCGUUCAUUGGUGGCAUUGUGCUGACUCUGGGCCUGCUGGCUAUCGGUUUGGUUGCCUACAAAUUCUACAAGGCACGCAAUGAGCGCAAUUACCAUACUCUUUGAGCCGCCACAGCGUUUACGUCGGCUUUCAAUGCAGCAGCCGGUGCGUCAGCAGUGAACAAUGCCGCCACGGAUGCCGAACGUGUGCGUUUUGUUCAGCCAUCGAUUCCGUUGCGAUCCCCACCAGCGCAACCGCCACCCCCUCCUCCUGUUUCUUCAGCCGGCUCAGCAACUAUAGCCUCACACACUACACCACAGAACUAUUCACCCUCGGCUAGAGACCGACUGCUGCACACGUAAUCUAACUAUCCCAAAAAAAAAAAAAACAGGAAA